ACAGGUAUAUAAGGCGAGCCACCGCAUCACUCGACACUCAGUUCGAACAUUUUCCAGCAGUUUUUAAACCGGUAGCUGGGCGCAGUACAGGUCGGCACGAAGAAAGAAGAACAUCCGAGUGUUGGCAUCGCGGUGAUGGGGACUUACCACGUGGCCUUGUGGGCCUGUUUGACCCUUGCUUAUGUUGCAGGAACUCAGUAUCCAUACUACGAAUAUACGAAAUGGCCAGACCACCUGACUGUGCCAGAUAUGUCUCCUGACGGAGUGGACAUUUUUUAUUUCGGAAGAAUAAGAACGGAAGCAGAGUGUGCGUUGCAGUGUAGCGGGGAGCCGGGUUGUAUGGCCUAUACGUACAUAAAGAAGAUACCUCUUCCACCAACUACUUCUACAACAACAACGACCACCACCACCACGCCCACGACGACGACCACGCCCACCACCACCACGCCCACGACGACGACCACGCCCACCACCACCACGCCCACGACGACGACCACGCCCACCCACCACCACCACCACCACGCCCACCACCACCACCACGCCGACGACGACGACCACGCCUACCACCACCACCACGCCGACGACGACGACCACGCCCACCACCACAACCACGACGCCGACGACGACUACCACACCCCCACCCCCACCCCCACCACCAGGUCUACCUGA